AUCGAGAGAGAGAGAGAGAGAGAGAGAGAGAGAGAGAGAGAGAGAGAGAGAGAGAGAGAGAAAUUGAUUCCUAACGCGUUUUCACAACGCCGCACUCUCAGAGACGUUCCCGGUGAUUUUGGGAUCCGGUUUGAUUUUUUCGGUGUAAUUUACAACGCGUUUCUUUUACCGCAGGCCGUUAAGAGUGAGAAGGCGAGAGAGCAUACGAGAGCGCGCAGCGCGUCCCCGAUGGCGGGCUGGAAGGACGGCGCGGUGCAGGAGAAGUACCGACUCGUGGUGGUGGGAGGAGGCGGCGUGGGAAAAUCCGCAUUAACCAUCCAGUUCAUUCAGUCCUACUUUGUCACUGAUUAUGAUCCCACAAUCGAGGACUCGUACACCAAGCAGUGUGUGAUCGAUGAGAGACCUGCACGGCUUGACAUAUUGGACACGGCGGGACAGGAAGAGUUCGGGGCUAUGAGAGAACAGUAUAUGAGGACAGGAGAAGGAUUCCUACUUGUCUACUCUGUCACUGACCGGGGCAGCUUUGAGGAAAUCUACAAAUUCCAAAGACAGAUUCUGAGGGUGAAGGACCGGGAUGAGUUUCCCAUGAUCCUUGUGGGCAACAAGGCCGAUCUAGAACUACAGAGACAGGUGAGUCCUGAGGAGGGGCAGCAGCUCGCUCGCCAGCUCAAAGUCACCUACAUGGAGGCUUCAGCCAAAAUCCGCAUGAAUGUAGACCAGGCUUUCCAUGAGCUCGUGCGUGUCAUCAGGAAGUUCCAGGAGCAGGAGUGCCCGCCCUCACCAGAGCCGACACGUAAAGAGAAGGACAAGAGCGGCUGCCACUGUGUGAUCGUCUGAUUGGUCCAUCACCAUUGCCACUCAUCCAGCUGCUAUCACCAAUCCCUGCCCCUUCCACCCUGCCUUCUGACGUCACAUCCUGUGUGGAUGAAUUGUUGCCUUUCUCACACGUGCAUGUCUUCAGAAAAAUAUGAAACACACACAGUAGCUCUGCGUGCUGGCGUCAUCCGACUCAGAGACACAACAACAUGAAGAACCAAACCUGUGAUGGAGCAUCUUCACUUCACUGUACUGACAUCACAACACCCAUAAAGAUCCAUCCCAUAAGCUCGCCUCAGCACAACACUACACAUCCACACAUGUACUAAACAUGAACGCUUUUUGUUGCCUUACAGUGAUUAGAACAUCACGGAUAGACAACACAAGAAUGUUGAUGAAGAGCUUUGUGUUUCUGAAGCCUUUUUAGUGUCUUGUACCACAUUCGUCUUCUUUCUUGUGCUGAUCAUCUACUGAACAUCAGAAAGCAAAUUAAAAUCGUCUCUGUAUUAUCAGUUUGUCCACAGACAGAGUGACUGAGUGUAAUGUUCAUACAGGCCUUAAGCUCAUGCUGACUCUGGGAGUGAUGUUUGUUCUCUCAGUGUCUUACUAUGUCACUCUUUCAUUCUGUCGCUUGGUCCGUCAUCCUGUCACUCACUUCGUCGCUCUGACUCUCCGUCAUCCUGUCACUCACUUCGUCGCUCUGACUCUCCGUCAUCCUGUCACUCACUUCGUCGCUCUGACUCUCCGUCAUCCUGUCACUCACUUCGUCGCUCUGACUCUCCGUCAUCCUGUCACUCACUUCGUCGCUCUGACACUCCGUCAUCCUGUCACUCACUUCGUCGCUCUGACUCUCCGUCAUCCUGUCACUCACUUCGUCGCUCUGACUCUCCGUCAUCCUGUCACUCACUUCGUCGCUCUGACUCUCCGUCAUCCUGUCACUCACUUCGUCGCUCUGACUCUCCGUCAUCCUGUCACUCACUUCGUCGCUCUGACUCUCCGUCAUCCUGUCACUCACUUCGUCGCUCUGACUCUCCGUCAUCCUGUCACUCACUUCGUCGCUCUGACUCUCCGUCAUCCUGUCACUCACUUCGUCGCUCUGACUCUCCGUCAUCCUGUCACUCACUUCGUCGCUCUGACUCUCCGUCAUCCUGUCACUCACUUAGUCGCUCUGACUCUCCGUCAUCCUGUCACUCACUUAGUCGCUCUGACUCUCCGUCAUCCUGUCACUCACUUCGUCGCUCUGACACUCCGUCAUCCUGUCACUCACUUCGUCGCUCUGACACUCCGUCAUCCUGUCACUCACUUCGUCGCUCUGACACUCCGUCAUCCUGUCACUCACUUCGUCGCUCUGACACUCCGUCAUCCUGUCACUCACUUCGUCGCUCUGACACUCCGUCAUCCUGUCACUCACUUCGUCGCUCUGACACUCCGUCAUCCUGUCACACUCUUGUCGCUUCUGGUGAAAAUCUGAUUUAAAUGUGUUUAAUUUUUUGUGCUCUAGUUUCCUGCUUUCAGCUACGGGCUGGUUUUUUCCCCUUGCCCUGUUCUGACUCUCAGGUUCUUCUCUUCACACUCUUUUUAUUUCCUCACUGUUCCUUGACAGCAGCGCACACCACGGUGCCUCCACAAGGACCAUCUCUGACAAGUUAUUAAACAGAAGUCAAUAAACUGCUCAUUAUUCAGGCCUUCAUUUGUUUGCAUAAACUGACAAUGUUUUUUUAUUUUUUAUUAGGAUCAAAUUCAGUCUUUUCUGAUUUUGUUUGGCUGUUAAUCCACAACCUGGUUCUUCACCUCCAGCGCUGUGCAAAAGUCUUAAGAGAAAAUUCAUGUCUUUGUCUUUAAACUUUAAAUGUUACAGUAAACUUGUUCACUGUGCAUGAGAAGUUCUGCUCAUGAUCAAAGAGAAAUCUGCAGAAGAACUGUGAAGGUUUUAAAUCUUACAGCUUUUCUUAAAACUUACAUUUUCUUAUAAAACCAUAAAACACUUUGAGAACCGAAGCAGCUUUAAAGGCUUUAAACACUCAUAAAUACUGACUUGCUUUAGGGUAAAGACUUAAUAUUUUGUUUUUGUGAACAAUUUUGAAAGAAUUCUCACUUCACAGAAUCUUCCUGGAUUUUUGCACAGUUCUGUACAUUAAUCGUGGGCGAUGAUUCAGAUGUUUUCAUUUUUUUGUUUGUGUGUGUGUGUGUGUGUGUGUGUGUGUGUGUGUGAUUGUAUAUGUAUGUGUAUACAUAUGUGUGUGUGGUGUGUGUGUGUGUGUGUGUUUUUAGCAGUUCAGAAAGUAACAUUCUCACACAUGCUGCUGUGUCACUGUUCCACAUUUCCUGUGUUUUUAUUUGACUUUUGUCGUCUUCCUCUUUGCCUUCACAUGUUCCUAUAUGUGGGAUAAAACUCUUAGCUUUUGUUUUACUAACACUGUACUAUAAAAUGUUACAAACGGUGGAUGUGAUCAUCUGAACAACAUAAUUAAAUGUUUUUACUAUA